GUCGGUCAGGGUCCUUCCUCUGUAUUGCAACCUUUCCCUUUCCUUACCCGUCAUUAUGGACAUGAACUACUCAAACAGACCUCUGUCGGAGGAGCAGCUCCGCAACGUUAUCCAGGGCCCUGCCGACGUCGAGUGGAGGUAUGAGAUGCGGCGUGAAUGCCAGGAAAUCCUUCCAGGUCUCUUGCUAGGUCCCUUUGUCGUUUCAAAGUCCUUCGAUACUCUCAAGGCGCUUCAAAUAACACACAUUGUGUGUAUACGCGACGUGAAGGAAUCGUUCUCUGUCAAGCCGCGUUUUCCGGAUCACUUUCAGUAUAUCGUGCUGGACGUCGAAGACAGCGAGGAACAGAAUCUUAUCCGCCUUUUUCCUCGAGCCAAACAAUUCAUCGAUGAUGCGAUCGCGAGAGGAGGAAAGGUGCUGGUCCAUUGCAAUGGUGGCAUUAGCAUCUCUCCUGCCUUCGUAGUAAUGUUCGUCAUGCAACACUACCAACUUUCAUGGGAGGAUGCCCUUCACAUGGUACAGAAUCGGCGCUAUUGUAUCUCUCCAAAUGGCGGGUUCCUGACCCAGCUCAAAGAAUACGAAGCAAUCUACCGAGCAAAUCAAGCGGUGUCAUCCUAUCCUACUCGUAAUAACGGAGUAUCACGAAGGAAGAGGGAGGAGGACGACGAUGGUGAUGAUCCAGGGGAUGAAGACCGAAUGGAUCGUAAACGAACACUAGUUGAAAACAACGGUAGCAGCUAUGACCCAAACGCGAUGGAGAUAUCGUAGUCAUCGCAUCCCCGUCAUGAACCUUCUGUCUCUAUCAUUCCCUCUGUAUUUCCGAUUUCAAAGCCCUAGGUUGCUCCUCCCAUUUUUGGCAUAUUUCUAUAGAGCCUUGAGUUUGGGCUUUUCCUUCUCUUCGAUCACUCGUCUAGCAUGGAUAUCUUUACGUUUGACAAACGCUUCGACAGAUAUUCCGGUGAAUACUAUGGCAGCGCCAAGCCACUGUCCAGCUGUGAGACUGUGAUUAUACACCACGACUGACAAUAGCAUCGUGAAAAGUUUUCGUGUCAAUGUAAUA